AUGCUCCCCAUCGUGCUCUCCGUGUUGCUCUCCGCCCCUUUGGCACUGUGCCAAGCGCCUUUCUGGAUGCCAAAUAUGGAGCAAUUUUCCUUCUUGACUGAUACCGACUUCCGAAAUGCACUUCUCUUGCCAACCACUAAUAUUCGACGGGUUAGAAGCUUAUAUCACGAUAUGAGAAUUCCGAUGCAGCGAUUCAAACGCGGUGGGGGAGUGGCCGUGGCCGCUGAAAAAGACAAAUGGCCGAAUGGCCGAGUACCAUACAUCCUAUCUGCAGCUUACACAAGUGCCCAACGAGCAGUUCUAGCACGUGCUUUUGACGCGUAUGCUAAACGGACGUGUAUUCGAUUUGUGCCGAAAUCGCCGACCGAUAAGGAUUAUAUUGUGAUUCAGAAGUUGGAUGGAUGCUACGCAGACUUCUCCCGUGUUGGUGGUCGUCAACAGGUGUCUCUAGCCGAUGAGUGCAUUGACUUCGCCACGAUUAUUCACGAGUUGAUGCAUGUUAUUGGCUUCAUCCACGAGCACCAGCGAGAAGACCGCGAUUCCUAUGUCUCCAUUCUCUACCAAAACGUUAUUCAGGGUGCUAACACUGAUUUCGACAAGCUGAGCAAUUUGGGACUAUCCUAUUAUGGAGAACACUACGAUUAUACCUCUAUCAUGCAUUACGAGGCAAAUGAGGGAUCUCGUAACGGGAAAAAUACGAUUGAAGCGAAGAACACUCACUUCACCACCAUCAUGGGAAAAGCUAACGACUUCUCCACUUCAGAUCUUCGACGGGUGAAUCGAGCCUAUAAGUGUUCAAUUUUCUAA